GUGUGAUACAUUGUUCUGUGUUCACUGUGAUUACUUGUCAUGCUACUAUAAGCAUACAGAGUAUGUUUACACUGUAAAGAUCAAUAACCUCGCUUUUGCAGAACAUAGAAGUGAAAGAAUUUUUAGUUGAAAUUUGUUUUUCUGCUUCAAUUUUUAUAGUCUUGGAUCAGGUCUAUCCUUUUCCACAUAACUGAGCUUAGAGACCACUCUUCCCCUGCUAAUUAUUUUUUAUUUAAGUCAUCUUUUUUGAGGAAAAAAUGUGGGGAAGACACGUGAUUAGAACCCCCACCUGACAUCCAUGAUUUUUUAGGCUAUUGAAUAUAUGUGUCCUUGUGUAAAUUUUUCUUAAUCAGUUGAUCCAAUAAUCAUAGAGGGGGGAUGUUUGACUUUGGUUUGGAUCAACAUCAAUGCCUAUUCAGCUUGAAGUGUUCUGACCUGCAAGAAUGAUUAAAGAUGUGAAAUUUCCUCAUUUAAUAAUGGAAAAUUUGGCUACUGAGUUUGGUCAAGCUUUUGCUUUCUUUGAAAUAUUCCGUUUUAUGUCAAACUAGCAACUUAGGAACUAUGAACUUGGAAUUUAGUUGAAAGUAGAUAACCUUUCUAGAAUAACAUUGUUGUAUGACUGCAAAUCUGAAAUUAAAUAAUUGCAGUGCAAUUUUUUCUUCAUAUCUUACAUAAUGCACACACAUGUUAUCAUGUUUUCCCUACUAUCUUAAAUUGAUGAUUGAUAAUUUACUUAUAAAGAUUACUCUUUAGUGUAUGUCUGCAUUUAUGUAUGACACAUGACUCUUGUCCUUCUAGAUAGAUUUAUUGUUGUUUUAUAUAUGUUCUAUAAAUUUAUGUAUGUGGGCAUGUUGAUUGUUUAGAUGUCUUGAUAAAUAUUGGUUGAAUUUGAUUUAACUCAAUAUAGAAAACCUUUGUAGGUCCUUGGCUGAAAAUUUUACUAAUUUGUUGGGAAUUGGGAGCUGUUGGCUGUUAAUAUAAUGAUGGUGGCCCUCGUGAAUGUGAUGGUGCUACCUUGUGAAGCAUACUUUUAAUGAAUAUGAUAGAGAUACAUGAAGCCCUGUAAAUAAAUAAUAAUAUAAUUGCAGUGUCAAUAUUUGCUCUGUUUUUAAGAGUAUGAAAUGUAUGAUAAGUUUCUUCCAUGUGUUAGGUUCCUUCCUUUCAAACUUGUUUCUUGCUUACCCUUCUAGCUCAUUUUCUAGAUGCUUUUGGAGCUCAGCUUAGGUUUGUGCCACCACAUUGUUCACGUCUAUACUCUAUAGAUUAUCUAGAACUUUGAAAGUUCUUUCUAGUUUCCGGCGUCUUAGUAUCCUUACUUUUGGAAUUUGGUGUAAAUUUGCAGUGCAUAAUAAUCUCAAGUGGAUGAAAAUGUGGUAUACACUAGUUUCUGAAGGAUUUUAAAUCAGUAACCGUAUAUAUUUAAAAUUUUACUUCCGAUUUCAAUAAACCAAAGCAUCCGUGCAUAUCGACUUUCCAGUGACUAGGCAUGGCCUUUGAGAAACAUAGUUACCCUUGACAGUAGCCCAAGAUUCUUAUUCUGCUAUUGUACAUUUGCAUAUUGUUGGCUUGAAUAGCUUGACCUUGUGAGUUACUAAUUAUUAAUGGGAGAAGAAGUAUCAUAAUGAGUUACCGCAAUACUUCAUCAGAAAGCAAGGACUAUAUUCCCUACUUGAUGUAUAUUUACAUUGCAUUUCUAUGCACCCCUUUAACUAUUCUCUGUGAAUCCUUCAACAAAUCUAAUCCAAACUAGAACUAAAAAAAAUGGAAUUUGAGUUGGGGCUUAAACUCACGAAGUGCUUAGAUGAGUUUGAAUCUGCAGAUCUAGUUAUUUCGAAAAAUGGAGCUGGCCCUCUUUUCAUCUCCAGAGAAACCGAAACCAUGUUCAUCCUCAGUGCUCAUCUAAGAGGUUACAGGAGAGAGCAGAUAAAGAUUGCUAUUAAUGAGGAUGGGAAUAGGAUUGCUAUAUGUGGAGAAAGGCCAGUUCAGGAAACAAGUAUGGCAGGAUGGCAAGUAAUCAAGAAAGAUGUAGAGAUGAGGGCAUUUAGAAAGGCUUUUAUAAUUCCUGAUGGUGUGAUUUUGGAUGAUAUCAAGGCAAUGUUUGAUCAAGAUGAAUCACUGCUUACCAUUACAAUGAAGAAGGCGACUGAAGGGAUAAAAGGGGUUACAGUUGAGGAAGUGAAAGAAGAAACGAACAUCAGGGAGAAAUCAGAAUCACUGCAAGUUGAGGCAGAUAAAGAAUCAUCAUGGAAACAGGCAUCUGCCGAAGGAGCUGAUGGGAUUGGUGCUCAAAAAGAAACAUCAGUUAACAAAGCGAAGGAAAAGAUAGCCGAACCAUCAAAUACUAGCUCUCCAAUUGUAGGAAAUGUGGCUUCGGAAGAAAGCAGAUCCGAUGAAGGAGCCUUGGCUGAUGAGGUAGAGGACGGGAAGAAGUUACUUGAUCAGUCUACACAAACAGAUGCUCCGAAAAGGCCAAAGAAGUUAUUAUGCACGCCAGUGAUAGCAGGAUCAUCUCUGUUAGUUUCUCUUAUAGUCUUUGUAAUCCACCUAAUCAGAACUAAGGAUAAAUCAGAAAAGAAGAAAUAGUAGACCAUCCUGAAACUAAUAAUCUGAAUCGAGGAAAACUUUGAGUUUCUGGUGCAUCAAGUGCCAAAGUACUGUCAAUUUGUGGUGUUCUUUCGGUGAUAUUGGGAAACUUUAGUACAUAUUGCAGAGUUUAGUCUCAUGUUCUUUAGAUUUGCGAGUUUUCAUUGUUUGACAUGAAACAAAAAAGUUCUCUUGCUCGUA